CGUCCCAUCGAAUUUGCGAUCGUGGAGGCGGAUUUCCGUAUAUUCUUCGGCUCGGAAGUGAGGCUCGAGUAUCGAUGGUACCGGGAAUGUGAGAAAGCGAUUGACGUCAUAUGUGGCACAUCCGAUCCGUUCACGGUCGACCCAAGGAGACUGGAGGAGACCCACGCGACGAGUCAUCGCCAGGAACGGCCCUCACGCAACAUCGCGACGAGAGGGCAGAAGGGAGCUUGUAGCGAGAAGAGCACGUACAUCGUUCACACCGCAGAAGAGAAGAUGGAGCAUGUGAUCGGGAAGUCGCUUAGUCCCCAGUUGCGAGUCCCAGAUUAUGUUGCCCAGGGGUUGCACCCCAUCAGAGAAGAGACGAAACGGGUUGCCAUCCCCAAACCAGGCGACUACCGCCUUGAACGAUUUCAAGAGAAAUUUUUACUGAUCUUCCCCGUGUUGGUGGUGAGCAUCGCCGUGGAAUGGUUUUACCGCUGGUACCGCUGGAACGUGAAGGCGUCCAUCUCCGCCAUCAUAACGGCCGUCUCCUGCGGGAUCCUCACAGGAUUCAUGCGGCACGGCGUGCUGGGAGGCCCCUUCCUUGCCAUGACCAAGUUUCAGACCUGGAAGUUCCCCGAAGACUCACCUUUCUCUUGGUUCCUCAGUCUCCUCCUCUUGGAUUUCGCUUUUUAUCUUCAUCAUCGGGCCUCUCACAGUUCCAGCCUCCUCUGGACAUCCCACAGGCUCCACCACAUAUGCAGCCGACACCACCUCCCCACUGGGUUCCGACAGGGCGUCUUGGAGCUUCUUUCCUACACCGCGUUCACUGCACCCUUGGCCCUGCUGGGCGUCCCGGUCAAGCACUUCCUCAUCCUCUACCAGAUCCACUUCGUCCACCAGUUCUACAUCCACGUGAACGUUGAGCUUCCGUUCUCCAUUCCACUCGUCGAUGCCAUCCUCAAUACGCCGCAUCGUCACAGGAUUCAUCACGAUGUGCUGAACAAGAACUUUGGCGGUGUCUUCUUGAUUUGGGACCACAUUUUCGGGACUUUCCAGUCUGAGGCGCGCCCGGAAUACGUCGCCAAGAGCAUCGUUUCCAGGACUCGCGAUGCCAUUUGGAUGCAGACGAAGGCGGUGAUGCGGCUGUGCCACCUUGCGUCUCUGGAGCCGCGAUGGUCCCGGAAGUUCCAGAUUUUCACGAGAUUCCCCGAGGAAGGAAACUCCGAUUGCGAUCAAGUGCCGCAGUCGCCGACGCUGAGACGAAUCAUCCGUAUCCCGAUUUGGUGCCAGGUCUACAUGCUGCUUCACAGUGCCAUCUUCCUCUACUUUUACCACCUUUACACUGCAACCACGGUGGAGCUGGACUUCCUGACCCACGUCCUCUCGAAGAGCCUCUUGACCCUGAGUCUGGUGACGGCCGGAGCCAUCAUGGACCGCCGGGACUACAGCGGCGCCUGCGAGUCCCUCCGCUGUCUCCUCGUCUAUCUCGUCCUCCAACGGGUCGCCUCCACCUACCCCGUGAUGCUGCUCAAGACCGUCUUCUGGAUAUCCGGGGUGCUCUGGGUCUAUCUCACCCAGACCCUUUGGUACAUGGACAUGGCCGUCACCAUCAAGAACCACAAGAAGACGUAGGAAUUAUGCCUUUCACCGAGCGACGAUUGUGGAUUUUAUGUCUCUUUUGAAGAUUCAGUUCGAUAUCGAGAAGCCCCAGCUGUGAACUCUCCGUUCCAUGCUUGAUGCAACAUAGAAAUGCACGAGGGCGCAAAUGCUCCAAUAACUCUCAAAGGUCUUAUGCACGAUGGCAAUAAAGAGCAAAUUGAGUUAGAGCACUACAAUCAAGACAAUACUUUGGGAGUGUCAAAUCUGAUUAAAUAUGCGUGAUGAUAUUCUCGUGCAAAUUUAUUUUUUGAAUUUUUCAAUUGAAGCAUGUUCAAAAUGCUGGAGUUGCUCAAAUCUUCGACAAUAGUUAAAAUAAAAAACAUGAAUGCCGA